AGAUACUUGUGUCGGAGAAUUAAUGACAUGAUCGUCAGGAGAGGCAGCACCAUCCAUAAACUUUUCAAAGUUUUUAAUCAUAUUCUAAAUAUGAUCAAAUUUCUAACCCGUUUUGAAUUGUACAUCUUCACUUAACAUUAUUUUGGCUUGAUCAAACUGCAAAAUUGCACAUCGUUUAAAAUAAAAAUUUAUAAUUUGAAAAAUAAUAAUAAAUUUAUAAAUUAUAUAGUAAAACUAAUAAUCUCAUUAUUCGAAGUACCACUGGGACGUCGAUUUUGCAUUGUUUGGUGAAUGCUUGCAUAUUUCAUUGCUUUCACAAUAAUUUGAAUUCGAAAUUGCACAGAUCUUUUUAUAUACUCAAACUAAGUCUUCUUCUUCUUUUUGCACCAACACACGAGAACAAAAAAUAUCAGAUAACUGUUAUGCAUCUUUAAUUGGAUCUUGAGAAAUUUCCAUUGUUAAACUUGACAUAAAAAAAUUUAUCUUACUAGAGUGUAAAUAUUUUAAAAUAGUUUAUAUAGAAACCACCAAUAUUUAUAGAUGCAUAUAAUUUUAAUUUUAUUGAUUUCCAAUACGUUAAAUUAUGUUGGUUUUUAAAAUGUUAUUUAUAUGCCAUGCAAAAGUCAAAAGAUCUUUUUCUAUGUCAUGCAUUUGUGAAUAAAAUUUGUUUGGCUUUUCAAAAUGUGAUUUCUAUGUCAUGCAAAGGUCAUAAGAUCAUUUUCUAUGUCAUGCAAAAACUAAAUGCUUAUGAAUAAAUUUUGUUGGCUUUUCAAAAAGUGAUUUCUUUAGCAUGCAAAGCUCAAAAUAUAUUCAAACUCAGAGUCAAUCAAAAUGUCCUACAAUACAUGGUUUCUACGCCAUGCAAAGUCAGUCAAAAUAUUUUAACCAUUAACGUAAGUUUUUGAAUUUUUCAAAACAUAGUUUAUAUGCCAUGCAAAGUCAGUCACAAUUAGAUAAAUAUAUUUUUAAAGCACUAUUAAAGAGAUAACUAAAAUUCCAUAAAUAUCACAAAAAAUAAUAUUAAGCACCAGAAUUCCAUAUUGUUUUCCCUAGAUAUUCUUUCUCAAAAUGAAUUUUUAUUUUUUUAAGAAUAGCAAAUCUUCUUGGUUUAUCAUCCUCUUCCGAUGAUGAUGAAGGUAUGGAUAUCCUUUAUAACAUCGACAACUAAAAAGAAGCCUAACAUCUUGCUAUGUCAAACAACAAUUUGGUCAUUCAAUAUCUUCUCAAUCAAUAAAGAAUUUGGUUAUUCAUGGUGGUUCAGUCCGAAAGAAUUAUUUCAUCCACCUUCAUCGAGAGAGCGCACAUUUUUGACUAUUUAAUGAUUAUGUUUUGGAGACUCUGACUGGCAAUGACAAUAUGUUUCGCAAAAGAUAUUGUAUGUCAUAAUCUUUAUUCUUUUGUAUUAUAGAUGCAGCUGAAAGUUAUGACAACUACUUCACACAACAGAGAGAUACAAUGUGUAGACUUGGAUUAUCUUCUCCUAAAAAGUAUGAAUGCUAGCAUAUGGUCUUCCUACAUAUGCCACAGAUGAAUGAGUAAAACUAAGCGAAUCAACGACAAUUGAAAGUAUGAAAAAAAUUUGUCGAGCCAUCGUCAAAAUAAUUUCAUAAAAACACCUACGGUCACCAGUGUCUAGUGAUAUUGCUAGACUUCUUUAUAUUGGUGUAAAACGGAGAUUUCUAGAGAUGAUUGUUAUAUUGAAUUAACUGGAAGUGGAAGAAUUUUCCUACCGCUUAGGCAGGACAAAUGCAUGUCGUAGUGGAUCACCAACUAUACUUGUUGAAGUUAUGGAAAAUUAUGAUCUUUGGUUAUGACAUGCAUAUUUCGUAAUGCCAAGGACUUCUCAUUAUUUCUCAAAUUUUGCUCAUGGUGUUACUCCUCAUGCUCAUUAUUUUAUUCAAGGAGAAUAAUAUUAUAUGUGUUACAAUUUAGCAGUUGGUAUUUAUCCGAAAUGGUCAGCCAUAUUGCAAACUAUUAAAGAGCCAAGGGGUCAAAAAUAAAUAUUUUUCAACGCAACAAUAGCAUGCAUGAAAGAUGUUGAACGUGCAUAUGGAAUUCUAUAGUCGCUUUUUGCUAUUGUGAAAGGACCUGUUCAAUUUUGGAAAAAAAGUUGAGUUUCUGUUCCAAAUUUAGUUGAUGCAUCAAGUUAACGCUCAUCCUCAAUUAUCAUGUUAUGUAAAAUUGUACAUGUAGUCAUGAUGGACAUGAAUUUUCACUAUGGUCGACUAUUUCGUUCUAUCGUGACUACAUGUAUAAUUUUACAUAACAUGAUAAUUGAGGAUAAACGUGAAAACUCAAUUCAACUAUUGAAGUUAGAAGAGAAGUUCUACUCCUUUUACAAAAACGAACAGGUCCUUUCACAAUAGUGAAAUACAACUGUAGAACUCCAAAUGCACGUUCAACAUUUUUUUGCAUGAUUGUUGUUGCGUUACAAAAAAAAAAAAAUUGUUACUUGGCCUUUGAAUAGUUUGCACUAUGGUCGACCAUUCGGAUAAAUACCAUCCGCUAAAUAGCAACCCUAUGUAGUAUUAUUUCGUUAAAUAAAAUAUGAGCACAAGGAGCAAUACCUUGAGCAAGAUUGUAGAAAAUUUGAGAAUACUCUAACACAUUGAUAUCGUUAUUAGUGCAUGACAUUCCGAAAUAUGCAUUCCAUAUCCAAAGAUUAUAAUCUGCCAUAGCUUCACAAAUUAUAGUUGCUCCAGCUCAAGCAUGCCUACCUCUAGAAUUCUCUCCACAUGGUUAACAUAAAAAAGUAAGUGCAUUUUUGUUACAUAUAUUGCCAAAUCAAUUCUUAUAAACUAUUUUCACCUAAUCUACUACCACAAACUCGGGUUACUACAUUCACCCCUACUAACAGAGUGCUACGUCCUUGUUCCAUAUUUGGAUUGUGACCCUCCAAUGGUGUGAGUCCACUAGACUCCAUACACUAAUCAAAUUUUGGUUCUGAUACUAAUUGUAACGCUCUGACCCACCAACAUUCAUGGGCCCCCAUCUACUCUCGGCCCGUGAGCUUCACUCUCAUUCGACGUCUGUUGUAUUAUUAAAAAAUCUCGGUAGACUUGAUAUACUAAUUCUGGAAACACGACGUAACCUUCUUUGUGCUUUAUCCUCACUCACACAAUACCAAGAUUGACCAGAUUGCACCAGAUUCUUUAUAGGUCAUCCAUUUUUUUAUUGUUCUAGUUUAACCACCCUUAAUUAUGGAAUUCUCUCUAAAUGGUUAACCGAAAAGAUAAAUACAAUUUGGGUCAUAGAUAACUAAAUAAAUUCUUAUAUCAAUUACACUUAAUCUAGUACCACAAACCCGGGUACUACACCACAACUCUACAUUCUCUUAAAGUUUUGGGCGGUCUAUAUUGUAUUACUUUACUCUUAGUCGUUUUCUUAAUCAAAGAACAAUAAAUUCAAUGUACUAACGAAAAUAAAUAAAUCAACGAUGAUUAAUGAAUAGGCGGAUCUAGUAAGUGUUAUUGUAUAGAACCAAAACUAUGAUCAGACUAAAAUUACUUUCAACAAAUAUUGUCCAAAAAUAAGAAAAUAAAUUUAUAUCUUUUAUAGCUCAUUAAAAUGUAUGAAAUGAAAGAUUCCUUAAAAAAAAGAAAUAUUAAUUUGUUUGAUCUUAAAAUAUCACUAGUGAGAUGAGAUAAAGACAUUUAUGAUGAUUUAGUCAAAAUUUUCCUACACACAUUCUACGAUUUGCGACACAAAUAUUAUAUUUGUACACUUCUAUUUGAUGUUUUUUUUAAUUUGUUAUGUUUAUAUAUAAUGUUGAAGUGGUAUUGAGUUUUUAAUUAUGUACAAUUAGGUCAAUGGUCAACGAUAAGAUUUUCUAAGAAAAAACAUUUUCACGUAAUCUGGAUAUAGACGCAAUUCUCUUCAAGAUAAAGAGUUGUAGAAUAAUGUCAUGCCUCGAAGGUUUUUAAUAGAAUUUGUUUCCGUGUCACCUAUUGGUUUAUUUCUUUUUCAUACAAAUAAAAUAUAUGUUGUAUCUUAUUUGGUAAAAUAAUUUUAAGUUUAUAUUAAUGUUUAUUCAAAAAAAUUUAAAUAUAUAUAAUAAUAUUUACAGUUAAUAGUUUAUAUUAUUAAUAUUUUAAAAUUUAAAUCAACGCAACACACAAAGUUACGAAUUCAUGUAUAUUAAAUAAACAAAAUAACAGGGGAAACAUAUAUGAAGAUUUCAUUAUUUUCUGAAUUUUACCAAAAACAAUAAAAACUAAAAAUAUUUAAAACUUAUUUAUCACUUGUCUAGCGGAGGCAGCUAUGAUAAUAUUUAGAGAAAUGACGUCAAAAUAUGUUUUUGUUCCUAAACUAUCUCAUAAGAUUUAAAAUGACCGAGUUAGGUUUUAUUAAAGGGGUAAAUUACAAUUAUAACUAUUUCAUAGAUAUAUAUAUAUUAAAGAUAUAUAUAUUUAAAAAAAUUAAGGUAAAAUUUAAAAAAGAAAAAAAACUGAAAAAAACAUUUCAAAUUUUUUGUUCAAAAUUUUUUUUGGAAAAGUUUUUUCUUUUUAAACAAGUUUAUGAAGACUAGAAUGUGUAUGAUAUCUUCAUGAAUUUAAGUUAAAUGCAUAUUUGAGAUAAAAUUACUGAAUGAAUAUUAUACUGUCUUUCUAAAAUUUUGGAAGAUAUUUAUAAAUAAGUAUAAUAUCCUCAUAAAUGUGUAGUUAAUAAUAUAUUCUUAAAUGUGAAUUAUCUUCGAUAAUCUAUAAUUGUCUCGAAAAUUUCGAUAUACUAGGAAAAUCUUCAUAAAUAAAUAUAUAUAUAUAUAUAUAUAUAUAUGAAUAUCUUACUGAAUUUUAAUCAUAUGUAUAUUUAGUUAGAUAUUCUAGAAUAUGUAUAACAUUUUCCUAAAUUUUUAGGAAUAUUUCUCUGAAUUUGAUAUCAAAAUUUUAUGAAAUAAUUAUAAAUAUUAAAAAAAAAAUUUGUAAAAAUUAUUUAAAAAUAUUAUAAGUAUCAUAUAUAUUCAGUAAUAUUUUCCUAAAUAUGCAUAUAAGUCGAUUUCAUGAAGAUGUACAUAUUUAGGAAGACCUUCUUAAAUAUACAUACAAGUUACAUUCAAGACAUUUUAUCACACGUUAUGGAUGUAUUCCUGAAUUUUAGAUUUUUUUCUUACAGAUUCAGGAAGAUAUCAUACAUAUUUAGGAAUGUUUUCAUAAACCAUUUUAAAAGAAAAACGUUCCUAAAAACUUUGGAAAAAAGGCUUGCGAAAAAAAUAUUUUUGAUUUUAUUAUUUCUAUUUUAAAUAUUUUUUUUAAUAUAUUUAAUAAAUAAUUAAAUAAAAUUAUAAAUGAGGAUAUAAAUAUCAUUUAUCUCUUUAAUAAAACAAAAUUUGGCAACUUUAAAAUUUUAGGACUAUUCCGAGAAUAAAAACUAAAAGACGACUAUUUAUGAGAUAUUUAUUGGUGUCAACUUUAAAAUAUAAGCUAUGUUAUUAUUAACUAUAUAAUUAGGAUAUUUUUAUUUAUCCAAAUAUAUUUUUUUAUAAAUUAAGUGUUUGAAUGUUGAAAAAUAAUAAAAAUAAGAUGGAGAACAAAUUAAUAACUAAAUGAUUAUGUCAAGAAAAAUCAUUAGCCAAAAAAAGAAGAAAACAUUUACUUGUCUAAAAAUCAUGGGUUCAAUUUUUUCCAGCAAAGAUUACUUGGUCAAUAUAACCUAUAUAAUGUUAUACCAAAUUUUCUUUUCAAAAGACGAGUACAAUUUUUUUAAAAAAUCAUAUGGUUGAUUGACCCCCAUCUCCUCAACCUGUCUCCGCCAGUGCACUUGCCAUACCUCGUCCCCAUCUAGGUCCGCCCUCUAUAAUGAUAUUCUUUAAUAAUGCUGGUCACUACUUUCUUCUAUCUUUUUUUCUCAUUUCUUCUAUUCAAGUGUUAUUAACUAUCCAAAUUUAGCUGCAUUCUAAAAAGAAUUGUCAACAAGUGCUAUAUGAUACUAUAAUAUAUAAAGUCAACUUUCUAUUUGCUUAUAACCGAGUACAAACUAGGGUUGACUAUUUGAGUUUUCAGAUGAGCAAACUAUAAACAUUUUUGGAGAAAGAGCUUUCAUUUAUGGCUGAGAUCUCUGAUACUACCCCACAAACACAAACUGUCACCUUCGACAUCGAAGACGGUGGAUCAGGAGGUGAUUCCCGAUCACCGGGUAUUUCCCGUCCCCUUGUAUCCGUAUCUUUCGUUCAAAAGUUGAUUGGCGAGUUCGUGGGGACAUUCUCUCUCAUAUUUGCUGGCUGCGCGGCUAUCGUGGUAAAUGAUACGUACGGUAAAGCGGUGACACUUCCUGGUAUAGCUUUGGUAUGGGGAUUAACCGUAAUGGUUAUGAUCUACUCAAUUGGUCAUGUCUCUGGUGCACAUUUCAACCCUGCUGUUUCCAUUGCAUUUGCCUCUUCUAGAAAGUUCCCGUUUAAACAGGUUCCGGGCUAUAUAGCCGCACAACUUCUCGGCUCAACUUUAGCUGCUGAGGCUCUACGACUUGUGUUCCAUCUGGACGACAACGUUUGUAGCCUCAAAGGCGAUGUUUAUGUGGGAACAUACCCGUCAAGUUCCAACACGGCAACGUUUGUAAUGGAGUUCAUCACUACUUUCAACUUGAUGUUCGUUAUCUCGGCUGUAGCUACUGAUAAACGAGCCAAUGGAUCAUUCGCAGGCAUUGCUAUUGGCGCAACAGUUGUACUCGACAUCCUGUUCUGCGGGCCAAUCUCCGGAGCAUCAAUGAACCCAGCAAGAAGCUUAGGGCCUGCACUUAUAUGGGGAUGCUAUAAGGAUUUAUGGUUGUACAUUGUUUCACCGGUUAUUGGAGCAUUAACAGGUGCGUGGACUUAUGAUAUGUUACGGUCUACAAAAAAAUCAUAUGGUGAGAUAAUACGUCCAAAUUGCAAUAAAAUUCCUUCGAGAGAUCGCCAAGAAGCAUCUCAAGACGAGAUUUGUGUUCUUCAAGUGGUCAACCAGGCUAACCGGAAAGAAUUCAUAUGUUCAUCGCCCACUGAUAUCAACGACAAAAGAAAUGUCACAUGCAAGUUGCCAUAAAAUAUCUAUGUACUAUUCACAACAUGAAUCUAUCGUGCUUUAUACUUUCAAAAUUUA